AGAAGCACAGAUAGGACGAGCAUCGAUAUUUGCACCUAUCUCGACGAAAAAAACCAUCAAUGUUCAUUGUCUCAAUGCCCAAACACUUAAUCAUGAUUAUUAAAAUUAUGUUAUGAGAAAAAAUUAAAGGCUAUUCAACGUCUAUUAUGUUAGCAAUAUAUUACUGCUCACGGUAAUUAUUUAAUUAGCGAAACUUAUUCAAGUUAGAUUUCAUUAGAGAAUUCAUUUAUUUUUUCAUUUUGAACGACUUUUUUUUAAUUAAAUAGUUAUAAAAUUUAAUAAGUCAAAUUAGGGUCGGCACUUUCCUCCUUUUUCAAAUUUCUUUCAUAUAUUCAUACAAAAAACAAAUCUCAUUUGACUUGACUCACGGAAAGAAUUUGAAUUUAAAACAACCACCACCACCACCGACAGCCGAUUGAUAAGAUCGAUCCCACUUUCCCUAACGUGGUUCCAGUCCAGAAUUGAAAAAAAAAUCAAACAUCUCUCCUCUACCCCCCGUACUGCCAUCCUACAUACGCUUCUGUCUCGGGGGAAAAAAGGUAAAAAAAAAAGACUUAAAAAAUGACAAACCCAGCGUCCCGCAUCGUCCAGUCUCAUAGCAUCGUCAGCACGAUAACGGUCAGAAAACUAUACGUAACAGCCGGCUCAAAGUUCAACAACUUUUGAGAAUUUAGCCGUCGUUAAAAAUAAUUGAAAAUUAAUAGCAAUUUUUGAGAUUUGCCCCAUUUGUUAUUAGUUGAAAAAAUCAAAUAAAUAAUCGGUUAAUGUACGAACGGUGAGGAAAAUGUGGUAUAUAUUACUGCCGUUAUUGAUAUUAUUGCUAGUGAUUUUUCUUAGGCGGAAAGAUGGAAAAACAUUGAAACUUCCGCCGGGACCGGUUGGAGUUCCGGUAUUGGGGAAUUUGUUAUCAAUAAACUCAGUGAAUCCUCACCUCAGUUUGGCGAAACUGGUCCGGCGAUACUCGGGAAUAUGCGCAUUGCGAAUGGGCUCCGUUUAUACGGUGUUAUUGACGGACCCUAAACUGGUCAGACAGGCCUUCGCCAAGGACACCUUCACCGGCCGAGCACCACUCUACCUAACACACGGCAUAAUGCAGGGCUUUGGGAUUGUUUGCGCGGAGGGUGAUCACUGGCGAGAGCAAAGAAAAUUCGUCUCAUCGACCUUGAAGUCCCUGGGGAUGUCGAAGCACGGAUAUAGAAGGGAAAAACUCGAGGGGAGAAUCACCCAUUAUAUCUGUCAACUGCUCGAUAAACUGAAGGAAAUGGAUUCGCCGCUGCAUGGAGUCGACCCUCUGGAUUGUCUGCAUCACUACUUGGGGAACCUCAUCAACGAUCUGGUAUUCGGGAAGGUUUAUCAGGAGGACGACCCAACGUGGAAAUGGUUGAGAUACCUCCAGGAGGACGGAGUGAAACACAUCGGCAUCGCUGGACCACUGAAUUUUCUUCCUUUCCUUCGACACCUACCUAGGUACAAGAACUUGAUGAAAUUCUUGAUAGAAGGUAAGCUGAAGACGCACCGAGUCUACAAAGACAUCAUCCAAACUUAUCGCGAGGGAAAAGAGGAGAAAAUUUACAGCUUUCUCUCAGCUUUUGUUGAAGAAAUGACCAGGAGAGCCUCAAGUAAUGAGGAUUUGGGUUCGUUCAAUGAUCAGCAGUUUUAUCAUCUGCUGGCCGAUCUCCAUGGGGCUGGUGUAGACACAACGAUGACAACAAUUAGAUGGUUUUUGCUGUUCCUCGCGGCGUACCCCCAAGAGCAGGAGAAAAUCUACGAGGAAAUGGUGGAAAGUCUAGGGGAGAGAGAUAUUACUCUUGAUGACAGGGGAAGACUGAUCUACCUGGAGGCGUGCAUUUGUGAGGCUCAGAGAAUUAGAAGUGUCGUACCCCUGGGGAUUCCUCAUGGCACCACUGAGGACACCACACUUGGGGAGUUUAAUAUUCCGAAGGGAAGCAUGGUUGUGCCUUUUCAGUGGGCAAUUCACAUGGAUGAGAAAAACUUCGAUGAUCCUGAGGUCUUCAAACCCAGUAGGUUCAUCUCGGAGGGGAAACUGAGGAGGCCUGAGGCUUUUCUUCCAUUUUUAACCGGCAAACGCAUGUGCGUUGGGGACGAACUCGCUAGGUGGAUUCUCUUUCUUUUCUGUGGAAAAAUCAUUCAGAGAUUCAGAGUUUCCAUACCUCAGGGCGAUAGGGUGGAUUUGGAGGGGGAUUGCGGUAUCACUUUGGUGCCAAAACCACAUAAAUUGGUGUUUCUGGAACGUAGUGCUUCCUAGUUGUUCCUUAUUUGGGACAGCCCAGAAUAUAGAUUUAAUUGAAAUCAAUCAAUAAUAUAUAACAAUAAUUAUUCCGCAUGAUUGACAUUUAAUUUCCUAGUUUAGAUUAUUUUAUUACUCAACACUCCAUUUUUACUUGAUCUACCUAUUAUUUCAUUCCGUACUGUUCUUUGACAUUUAAAUAAAUAUUUUUCGUAAAUAA